AUGUCAUCCCCAAAAGCCGCCGCUCCUGCAAAACCUCUCAAAGAGCAACUCAUUGAGCUGGUGCAGACCGCCCAAUUCGCCUGGUUUGCCGGCCAUGUCGCCACUCUUUUCUACUCUCUUGUCUAUUUUAUUUCUUUCAGAUCUAAGGGCUCUUUCCACAAGCUCAGCUACAGUCUGAUUUAUCUGUCUGUGAUUGAAUCAUUCGGAAUCAUCAUUCACCAGUCCUGGAAGGCUGGCAGUCUCAAAUUGAACAACCCAAAGGCGGUUCUUGCAGACGACAACGUCCAAUAUAUCUUGAUUGCUUUGGCUCUGUUUCUGCUUUUGCCGGUCAUUUCGCUGUCGAUCUUCCCCUUUGUGUUCUUCUCGUUCUUCCACUGUAUAACAUACUUCAGGGGAGCCAUUCUGCCAAAACUGGGACUCAAGAACCAGGAGGUUCUGACCAACAAGCUGGGCUCCUUCGUUGCCAACUACAACGACCUGUCCAUGUAUUACGCUGCCAAUUUUGAGAUUGCCACUUUUGCCUACAUUGUUGUCAGGGCACUGUUGUGGUCAAGAGGAUUCUGGAUCGCUCUGAUUGUCUACGGAGCGUUCAUCAAGUUCAGAUACGAGAAAUCGAUUUUCACUAAAUCGUGUUUCAAGAAGCUCGAGGUGAGAAUCGACGGUGUUCUGUCUCAUCCCUCCGUGUCUCCUCAGAUCAAGCAAUACUGGAUCAGCGCCAAGUCAGCUCUCAAGAAGUAUGGGAACCAGUUCAAGCUCGUGCAGGAACCUGGCAAGACCGAGUGA